GGGCGUCACCGACCAGGAAGUGUGUGUCCGCCGGGCUGACGCACAUGACGCAGCGACACUCCGGAGCAAACAGCGGCGAACAUGGCGACGUUCUUCGGGGAAGUGGUGUCUGUUUACUCCCGGGCCGUGGAGGAGGACGACGAGGAGGAGCUGGAGGAGCCCGAGGAGGACGAGGAGAUCCGCCGCGAGCUGGAGGAGCGCAGGGAGGUUCGUCUGCAGUGGAGCGCUGACGUCGGCGAGAUGCUGAGCUCCGGAGCCGCUCGGCUUCCCUGCUCACACCUGAUCCUGGCUGUGGGCAGCAACGCCGCCAGGUUUUUGUCUGUGUUUGUUCUCCACUCUGCAAACUGGGACUCCGUGGGACACGCGGCGUUCUGGAACGAGAUGACGCAGACCGCGAGCGGGCAGGCCGGCCCCGAGGCGGGCUGUGUUUUCUACAGGAACAAGGACAGCCCCUCCGUGUUGAUAUGCCAGAUGACGAGCUACAUUGCAGAGGACCAGCUUUUCCAGUGGACAGAAAAGGUGUUUGGCUGUCUCCAGCAGAGGGCGCUGAACGUGACGGUGCUGUGCGACAGCCCGGUGGCAGAGUACAAGUCGCCGGACUACGUGAGCAGCAGCUCGGUGCCCUUCCUGCGCUCGCUGCAGACCUCGGCCUGCAGCGGGACGGGCCCCCGCAGCGGGACGGCCCCCUGCCCCCCCCUGGAGCAGCCCAACAUCGUCACUGGACUUCCAGCUGCAGUGCUCAGCUACUGCCAGGUCCACCACAUUCCUGCCAUCGCCUACCAGUGUUACAGUGAUGUCAUCAGCCCCGACUCCAUCACCAUGGAAACCUACAAACCUGUGCUGACCAGACUUGGCAAAGUUAUACAGCUGGAGCCGCUUCCAAACGCAGACGUCCUUCGCAAGUUUGUCACAGCCGCUGACUGCCGGAGUAAUCUCUACAUCUGAAUGAGGCCAGGCUUGGGGUUGCACUAUGUAGUUUUAUUUUUUCUGUCACAAGACGGUUUCAGUUUUGUAUUGAAUAGUAUAAUUAAAUAUUAAUAAAAAAACAUUUGCCAAUA